AGCAGUAAUCCAUCCGGAAUGGAGGGAAAUGAAAAGUGGAAAAAGAGUGGAGGAAAUAAUUUAGUUUUCUCUGAUACAAAUAACUUCAUCUACAUGCUUCUAAUAUGAGUCGCCGCGAAAGAAAAUUUCCUGAUAAUGGCUUUGAAGCCUGGGGUGGCUAUAUGCAAGCUAAAAUUGCAAAAUUGGAAGAACAGUUUAGUGCAAAAGCUGGGAAAGAAGAAACGCUUUCCAAUAUAUUUAACGGUAUAAGUAUUUAUGUGAAUGGAUUUACAAUACCGUCAGCAGAUGAACUGAAAGUACUUAUGACUAAACAUGGCGGGAUCUAUCACACGUAUCAGAAAAGUGAUGAUUUCAUAAUAGCCUCCAACUUACCCGACACCAAAGUAAAAAAUAUGUCUCUUGUUAAAAUCGUGAAACCUGAAUGGAUAACAGAGAGCAUUGCAUCCAAUCGCUUAUUAGAUUACCGAGAUUAUUUGCUGUAUAAAAAUUCAAGAACUCAAAAACAGCUUAAUUUUAAAAAGGUAAUUAAAAAUAAUGAAUCAGACAGUGAAGUCAAAUUUUCUGUCAAUGAGAACGAAACCUGUUUAGUUGCAAAGGAAACAAAUGAGUGUGAUGUGGAUUCGAGGAUAACAGAACCUGAGCCUAUUAAAAUUAAGGAAAGUAAUUCUUUUACUAUUGACACAGCUGGUCCAUCAACUUCAAAUAUCAUAAGAGAUAUUAAAGCAGAUAAUUCAUAUGGGCAGGAUUCUAUACAAGUGAAGCAAAAUCAGGGCACCAUAACAAAAACAGCUGCAGACCCAAACUUUAUUUCAGAAUUUUAUAAUAAUUCACGGCUACAUCAUAUAUCUCAAUUGGGUGCAUGCUUUAAACAACAUGUUAAUGAUUUAAGAGAAUCCAGCAACUUCAUAUUCCCUGCGCGUGAAGAACUGAAGAGGAACAUAUUAUCAGCAAACAAUUUCAAUAAUUCAAGCCAGUUGAAGUUUGAGAAAAAUAAAGUUAUAAUGCACAUUGACAUGGAUUGCUUUUUUGUAUCUGUUGGCUUAAGGAACAGACCUGAUCUUAGAGGCAAACCUGUAGCUGUAACACAUUCCAAGGGAGGGCAGGGCAGACCAAAGAGGCCUGGUGUAGAUAGAAAUGUUGAAUUUGGUCUUUACAAACAGAAGCAAAUCAAGAAAAUAGGUAAAGCAGCUGGGAGAACUGAAGAUGAAAUUGUAUUUGAGAGUAGAGUUGAUAACAUUGCUGAUGAAGAUGAAAAAUAUGGCUCCAUGAGUGAGAUUGCAUCAUGUUCAUAUGAAGCUCGAGCAAAAGGUAUAGGUAAUGGCAUGUUUAUGGGUGCUGCAUUGCGAUUGUGUCCUGAUUUACAAACCAUACCCUAUGACUUUGAGGGCUAUAAGGAAGUUGCAUAUACUUUGUACAAUACUAUAGCCCAAUAUACUUUAGAUAUAGAGGCUGUGUCAUGUGAUGAGAUGUAUGUAGAUUGUACAGAACUAUUGGCAGAUAUGGAUAUUAGUGUGCAAAGUUUUGCAACAUUAUUAAGAGAGGAGAUAAAGCGUAAAACAGGUUGUCCAUGUUCUACAGGGUUCGGAGGUAACCGGUUACAGGCUAGAUUAGCCACAAAAAAGGCCAAACCAGAUGGACAAUAUUUCCUUACUGAAGAUCUUGUAGAAGAGUUUAUGUUUGAAAUAAAACUUAGAGAAUUACCUGGUGUUGGCAGACAGACAUCUACAAAAUUGGAAUCACUAGGUCAUGUCACUUGCGGAUCACUGCAGAGUCUAUCGUUGGCUACUUUAAAAAGUCAGCUGGGGAAUAAAACUGGUGCUCAACUAUUUGAUCAAUGUCGAGGGCGAGAUCCCAAUCCUUUAUCUUUUUAUACAGUAAGGAAAUCAGUUUCAGCUGAAGUCAACUAUGGAAUAAGAUUUGAAAAUAACAAUCAGUGUAUAGAAUUUUUAAAACAAUUGUCGGCUGAAGUACACUCAAGGAUGCAGCAGUUUAAAGUUUUAGGUAAAUGUAUUACUUUGAAACUAAUGGUCCGAGAUGAAGAAGCUCCUGUAGAAACAGCAAAAUUCCUGGGUCAUGGCUUUUGUAAUGUUUUAAAUAAAUCAACUUCACUGUCUAAUGCUACAAAUGAUCUUGAAGUUAUAACUAAAGAAGUGCUUUUAAUAUGUAAAAAGCAAAAUAUAGAUCCAAAGGAAAUGAGAGGCAUUGGAAUCCAAAUGACUAAAUUAGAGCCCAUCAAUAGUAAACCAACGAAAGGAGCAAUUAAUAAAUUUUUAUCUAGUAACAAAACUGUUAAAAAAGAGCCAGACCCUGAAAUAUUUCAUUUAAAAUCUGAACAUCCAGAAAACAGUGAUUCAAUAACAUUUCAAGCACCUGAAGGUUCUAAGAAGAAACUGAAUUCACCUGUUAAAUUCAAAAUAACUACAUCACUAAAGAAGUCACCUACACCUGCAAUAAAAUCACCUGUGAAGAAAAGAGGCAGACCUCCAAAAAGUUUAAAAUUGCCACAGUCAACUGCAAGUAUUAAAAUGAGUAAAUUUCUUCAGGGGCAGAAUGCUACCAGAGACUUACCAUACAAGAAUCCAAUGAUAAAAGAUGAUAAAACACCCAUAGAAGUAUCAAUAAAAAGGGAGAAGCCUAAAGGAUUAAUAGGUCUUCCCUGGGACAGAGUAAGAGAGAUGUUAAGAGCAUGGCUGGAAAGUGAACAGACCCCACUGCAAUGUGACAUUGAUAUGAUUGUGGCUUAUUUACAGGAAAUGGUUGUAGAUAGAAAUAUAGAGAAACUGUUUAUUUUAAUGAAUUUCCUCAGAAGAAGAACUAGAGAAUUGAGAAUUAGUGAGUGGUUGGAUGCUUAUGAUAAAAUAUGUGAACAAGUACAAAAUGCUAUGUUAACUGUGUAUGGCAAGAGGCUCUUUAUCUCUGAUUAGGCUAUUUAUCUCAUACCUGUGGAACUUCUUGUAACUAAAAUAUAGCAAGGGAUUGUGUACUUCCCAACAUUAAGAAUGUUCAAAUCGAUUGAGUGGUUUAGCAGGCCUCUCAAUGCAAACAAACUUUCAAGUAAUUCCUUUUUACAAUAUCAGAAUAGAAUAGGAUUAAAAUUAAGGAAAACGUUUUUGUUAAUAUUUGUCUGUGAUACUAUUAAAUAAAACCAUAAUUUUGAUACAA